AUUUUUUAAAUGGAGUCUCUUCCCUACUCAAUUGCAGUUGGGGUAUAUAAACUACAGGGCCGAGCAUUUACCCCAAGACCAAUGCAGUCUGAUCACUGUAAAGCUUUUGCACAUGUUUUAAUCAAGUAUUUGCAGAAGGGGAGAAGUGGAAAUGGUUUUAGAAGUGAUGAAAAUGGAACAUGUUGCAAUUGUAGUGGGAACCAUGAAGCUUCUUUGGAAUGCCCGACCAGAGAAUUUGGCCAAAAUCCGGGUUUCCCACUACAAUUCAUAUGCAGCGGCUGUUAAGUGUUCGAAUGGUACUCCUAAAGACUCCAUGGUGUCAUGGUGGUGGAUAUGCCUUUGCAGCAGGGGUUGCCUUUCACCAACAAGACCUAUAUGUUAAGAAGGUGGACUGUGUGUCCUUCGUAGCUAUGGUGAUUAAUGGCACUACCAAGGUGGAGAGGAAAUCCCAGAAAAUAGAUAUCAUUGUGGAUGCGGCAGAGCGGUUCCCGGGACUGAAAGACUUCUCCACGGAGGAGUUGCAUGGAGUAUUGUCAUGUCCUAGAGCCUGAGAAGGGAAAUAUGGAGAUUUUAAAGAAGGAAGUGGGAGUUUUAGGGCUCUAUUUCACGUUGUUAGAGGAACAGGACUAAUGAGGACAAUUUAAUGUAGUUAGGCCGUGACUGGCCUUACACUCCUAGUACAGUAGGUGGCGAUGUAUGCACCUUGAAAGUUGGAUGCUAUCCGCCAACCCAAUCCUGAAGAAGAGAAAGCAGGAGAACCCAGCGUGUUUUUAUGCCUAAAAUUAACAAACUCUUAUGACCAAAGUCCGUGUAAUAGAUACAGAAUAGCAACCUCGAGCGUUGCAUGUUUUCUGUUUGUAUUGCUAGAUGAUCACCUGUUAUUGUAACCUUGUCUUUAAUUUAUCCAGCAAUCUCAGAAGAAACGUUUUGUUAGCCUAGCUAGCUACAAAGUUGUCUACAAAGUUGGCUUGGGAAGUGAGCUAAAGCUAGCUAGCCAUUCUAAGUAUAAAAAUCGACCUAAAUUCGGACGGGACAAUAUGGCAACUAAGAAGUCAUCUGAAAUGGACAUCUUCCUUUCCUUCUCCUCCCUACGCCUCCUGGCCCCUCCCAUCCGGCUGGUCUCUGCUGCCAUGUGGAAGGUGAUGAAGCAACGCGAUGUGAUGCAUUAUGGGACGCUGGAGGAGUUUGUGACAUCCUGCUGUGAGACUGUCCCUGGCCUGCUCACAUCUAGACACCAGGCCAAGCUGGCUCUGGGGCUGAGAUCACGGCUGAUCUUAGAGCUGUGCAAUGGCUCAGACCCACCAGAUCCUGCGGUUAUCCUUACCCAGCUGGAAAGGAUCCGUGCCCCCAACCCGUCCUCUGCCCUGAAAAAGGAUGUGAAGAUUGAAACAGCAGUGACCAACCUCUGGGACCUGGUUGAAAGCUUUCUGAAAGACCCCACAGAGAGGGAACUCUUCUACAAGGUGGAGUUUCCGUCAGAGUAUGGGCCUCAGUUUGACCAGGAGCUGGAGAAACUGCUGUGGGAGUUCCUGUUCCGACUGGACCAGCUUCUCCCAGUUCCCAACCUGGCUCAGACGGUGUCGUGGCUCACUGCUGCCCCUCCUGUCCUGGAGGAGUGUGCGCAGGCUGCCUCCCAACCCCAGCUCCUGAGGACCCUGCUUCAGCACCAGAUCUGCCUGGGACACCUGGAUUCUGCAGCUUCUCUCUCUUCGUGUAUGGGCGACUACCUCCUCUCAUCACUCUCUCUCCCUCCCUCUGGAAGAGUGCAGCAAAGCGUCAAAUCAAGAUCUAAGCCUGCCUCGGUUUCCACCCCAAGCCCUCUGUCUUUGACCCCGUUAACUGAUUACAGACAAACAAAAUUGUCAUUGCCCGUCGCACCUGUGAUUGGUGGGAUUUGCAACGAAGACCUUCCAGUCAUGGCUUCAGCCAAUAAGAGGGCAAGAACUUUCCAGGAAGACGUUGUUAUCCAAUCGGUUUCAAGAGAUGUGGAGGAGGACGCUGAGUCAACGGAGAGGUCAAAAUAUACAUGUGUCAAAAGCAGAGAAGAGGAAUCCGAAGAGGAUGAGGAGAUCAUGGUCAUGAGAAGAGGGAGGAAGAGGAGGAGUGUGAGAGAAAGAGGGAGUGAAAGAGUGCUCAGGAGAGGGCGUGGGGGGGAGUUUGUUAGAGAUGGAGAGGAGGAUAUGACGAGCGGUAGAGAUGGAGAGACUGAGAGAGAUCUUCUUAGGGACUGUUUGGUCCAGUUGGGGAUCGCAAACCUCAAGGUUCCGGAAGACCAUCGCCUCUAUUCUUACAUCACAGCCUGUCUGCUCAACAAACCCAGGGUGCUCAUCCCCCGACUGAUUUCAACAGACAUCCCUGCUCUUUUGAAGUCACAACCUUCCUGCAGCAACGGGAUACCAACAUCAGGGGAAGGGAGCUCUCUAUGGGGACAGAGGCUCAAGUUGCCGGCGAUAACAGCAUGUCGGCUUCCUUCGACCUGGCAACGGAAGUUGAGUGACAGGUCAUUGACCCUAGAUAUGGGGCUUCCAGCAUCAGCUGACAAAGAAAAUGUUAACUUCUCCAGUAACCGGUGACACAGGAUGUCAUUGGAUAUUCAGAGGAUGAAGCGACAAAGAAUUUCAAAGGCAGUUUGUUUGUGAAGCCCUACUACAGGUCCAAGCACGACACCUAAGUGCCCAACCCUCAGGGAGUUCUUUAAGCCCGGCAUGGCCCGACGCCACCUGUUGUCUCACGGCAAAGGACACAGAUGACACUCAAUAAUUCACCGGUCUAUGGCAAAAUAAUUUCUCCUGGUCCCAGAUCUGUUUGUGCUGUCAUGCCAAUUUAUAUGGUCUGUUUAUUAGACAUGGCAAAAUAAUUUCUCCUGGUCCCAGAUCUGUUUGUGCUGUCAUGCCAAUUUAUAUGGUCUGUUUAUUAGAUGUGGCAAAAUCAUUUCACCAUCCACUGUAAGAAAAUAUUUAAUAUGUUCUACUAGCAGAGUUUUACGAUUCUUUGUAUCUGAAUCACUUUGGAAUAAGCAUUUUAAAAAACCUGGGUGACUUUUAUUGUGAAGUCAAAAGGAUUGCCCUGUUACUAAAACUGCACUACCUGUGUGCUGUAAUACUUGUCAGUUUAAUUGGCCAACACAUUUUCUUUUAGGGGUAAUAGGAAUAUCUUGACAUAUUGAUGAGGAAAAAACUUGCACAAAUCGAGAAGAGUUUUGCUAAUUAGUUUGACUUAUAUAUAAUUAUAGAGUUCAAUUGUCCUUUUCCAAUAACCAGAUGCAGGAUCUUCAAAAAGCAAAUAAUGAAUCAAAGGGAAAUUUAUGCAUCUGCCAAAUAAGUUAUUUUUCACACAUCCAAUGUCUUAGUGUGAAGAACUACAAUUUUAAUUGUGUAUAAUACAUGUUGUAUUUACUAGUUCCUGUAUGUAUAUUUAUGAAGUCCAAUAAUCAAACAUGUAUGACAGCGUUAAGGCAAUGUAGUUAUAGUUCCUAAGGGCUUGAUGGUGGGACAGAGGGAAAACAGACAUUUGGACCCUGCUUGUGAGCUCAAAUGCUUUAGUGUGCUGUGACAGUCUUUGAAGUGUAGUAAUAAUACAUUGUGUUCAUUUGUUAUUAACCCAAUACACAGUAUAGAGCCCACUGAAAAGCAUACCGAGAAUGUCAGGAAUGGUGUCAACACUGUCCACUUCCUGCCUUAGUGUCCUCAUGUCACUACAGUCUUAGAGGAUUCCAUUUCUCUGCAAUGUAGAAUAAAUCUACCUGUCUUGCAGUCCAUUCUUACA